AUGUUCAGUGCCUCGAAGAAGAUACCUGCUAAGAGAAUUGCAGAUCGAAUGAUGUCUACCACUGCUGGUUUGAACCAGAAAUUUAGGAUUGAGACAGAUGCUUUUGGGGAGAUCAAGGUUCCAGCGAAUAAGUACUGGGGGGCGCAAACCCAAAGAUCUCUUGAAAACUUCAAAAUCGGAGGUCCCAGGGAACGGAUGCCAGAGCCAAUUAUCAAAGCUUUCGGAAUCUUGAAAAAGUCUGCUGCGAUUGUGAAUGAAUCUUUGGGUACGUUGGACCCCAAAAUUUCCAAACCUAUCCAGCAGGCAGCAGAUGAGGUUAUCGAGGGGAAAUUGCUCGACCACUUCCCAUUAGUUGUAUUUCAAACAGGGUCAGGUACUCAGAGUAACAUGAAUGCAAACGAAGUGAUCUCUAAUAGGGCCAUUGAAUUGAUUGGUGGGGAGCUUGGAACCAAGCAAAUCCAUCCUAACAACCAUUGUAACCAGGCCCAAUCUUCUAAUGACACCUUCCCAUCCGUGAUGCACAUUGCUGCAGUCACAGAAAUCACGAAUACUCUAUUGCCUGAAUUAACUGCUUUGAGGGACUCCUUCCAAAAAAAGACUGAAGAGUUUUCCCAUAUUGUCAAGAUUGGAAGAACACAUCUACAGGAUGCUACCCCAUUGACUCUAGGUCAAGAAUUUGGCGGUUACACUCAACAGAUAACCAACGGUAUAACCCGUGUCGAGCAGUCAUUGCACCACUUGAAAUUUCUUGCGCAAGGCGGUACUGCAGUUGGCACUGGUUUAAAUACAAAGGUUGGAUUUGCAGAAAAGAUCGCAGAACAAGUCUCCAAGGAGACUAACAUUGAGUUCAAGACUGCCCCCAAUAAAUUCGAAGCUCUCGCAGCCCACGACGCCGUCGUUGAAUGCUCUGGUGCUUUAAACACCGUUGCUUGUUCCUUAUUCAAGAUCGCCAACGACAUUCGUUAUCUUGGAUCCGGCCCCCGUUGCGGCUAUGGCGAGCUCUCUCUCCCAGAGAAUGAACCAGGCUCUUCCAUCAUGCCAGGCAAGGUCAAUCCAACACAGAACGAGGCUAUGACCCAGGCUUGUGUCCAAGUCAUGGGGAAUAACUCUACAAUCACCUUUGCAGGCGCUUCCGGCCAAUUCGAAUUGAACGUCUUCAAGCCUGUUAUGAUUUCCAACCUCUUGAACUCCAUCAGAUUACUUGCUGAUGCAUCUUACUCCUUCAGAGUUCACUGUGUUGACGGUAUCAAAGCCAACGAAGACAAGAUCGCCAAGAUACUACAUGAAUCCUUAAUGUUGGUCACUGCCUUAAACCCCAAAAUCGGUUACGACAGUGCCUGCAAGGUUGCGAAGAAUGCUCACAAGAAGAACAUCACUUUGAAAGAAUCCGCCUUGGAACUAGGCGUGCUAUCAGAAGAAGAAUUCAGCGAGUGGGUUGUACCAGAAAAGAUGAUUGGCCCAACGAAGUAA